CCAGCUUGACUCUGCUGCUCUCUGUCUUCCUGGUUUUUUCGGGCUUGACGCGUUUCUUUCUGACAGUUUUUAAACAAAAAAACUUCAUCUGGACGAGAUUCACUCAACUUUUCUCCAGAAAAGAGUUUUUAAACUCCGGUUUUUCAUCCAAACUGUAGCGAGAGUGUAAAAUCUGAUGCGCGGACACUUUAAACGGACGAUCUUUUUCCAUCCUGCAGAUUAAACAUCCAUCAAACAUGAGACAAGAAGUCACUUUUAUCACUGUUGUUAUGGUUUUAACGGAAGCAGCCGUGUCUCCGCCCGCAGACACAGAAGAGCAACAUUACACGUCUCUCAGGUCGAUGCUGGACGACUUCGACGUGUUGCCUCUCUCCAGCCUGCAGGCUCACUCCGUCCGCCGCCGCGACGUCCAAACUGAAACUCACGUGGAGAAGCUGCUCAGCUUCGACGCCCUGCAGAGGCACUUCAGACUGUACCUGAGGACCAACGACCAGCUGUUCACGGAGGACUUCAGGGCCGUCGUCGUGGACGAGGACGGCCGAGAGCGAAGCUACCCGGUGGACAGACACAACUACUUCACCGGACACGUUGUCGGGGAGGAAAACUCUCGGGUCCAGGCUCACAUAGACGACAACGAGUUCUCGGCUCACAUCCUGACCGACGAGGCCGAGUACAACAUCGAGCCUCUGUGGAGGUUCACGUCGGCGCCCCCUGAUGGUCGUCUGCUGGUCUACCGCUCAGAGGACAUCAGGAACCUCAGCCGACUGCACCAGCCUUCAGUCUGCGGCUACGUGACCUCUGACCCCGGCCACCUCCUCCCCGACGGCGUGAAGACGGCCAUGUUGGGGGAGCAAGAGGAAGAAGAGUCCGUGGCCAGAGGGAAGCGUCAGCUCCACGAUCACCUGAAGAACACCUGUCCUCUGCUGCUGGUGGCCGACCAUCGCUUCUUCAAACACAUGGGCCGCGAGGAGGAGAGCACCACCCUCAACUACCUGAUCGAACUGAUCGAUCGAGUGGACGACAUCUACAGAAACACGUCGUGGGACGAUGAGUUCUCGGGUUACGGGGUUCAGAUCCAGCAGAUCAUCAUAGAAAAGAGUCCGACCCCGGUGGCUUCAGGAAGAAGCCACUUCAACAUGGAAGGAAGUCCGGUGGAGGGUCGAGACGUCUGGGACGUCAAGAAGCUGCUGGAGCAGUUCAGCGUCGACAUCGCAGAUAAAGCCUCCAACGUCUGCCUGGCGCACCUCUUCACUUACCAGGACUUCGACGAGGGCACUCUGGGUCUGGCCUACGUCGCCCCGUCCAAGCCGGACAUCCCCGGGGGGCUCUGCUCCAAAGCCUGUCCGUCGUCUACCAACGAGCCGAGAGCGAUCUACCUCAACACGGGUCUGACCAGCACCAAGAACUACGGGAAGACCAUCCUGACUAAGGAAGCUGACCUGGUGACGACUCACGAGCUCGGGCACAACUUCGGAGCAGAACACGACCCCGACAACAUCCCGUACUGCGCCCCCCAAGAGGACCAGGGAGGCAAAUACGUCAUGUACCCCAUCGCCGUGAGCGGAGACCACGUCAACAACAAGAUGUUCUCCAACUGCAGCAAACGCUCCAUCGUGAAGCGCCUGAGGUCCAAGGCGCCGUCCUGCUUCAAGGAGAGGAACAUCAACGUGUGCGGAAACUCCCGGGUGGAGCAGGGCGAGGAGUGCGACCCGGGGCUGCUGCACAUCAACUCGGAUCUCUGCUGCACCACCGACUGCAGGCUGAAAGCAGAAGCUCAGUGCAGUGACAGGAACAGUGCGUGCUGUAAAAACUGCAGGUUCGAGUCUGAACACAAGGUCUGCCAGGAGCCCAUCGACGCCACCUGUAAAGGACACUCGUACUGCACAGGAAACAGCAGCGAGUGUCCUCCUCCAGAGAACGCGCCGGAUAAAACGGUGUGUCUGGACAGCGGCGAGUGUCUGAACGGAGAGUGUAUUCCCUUCUGUCAGGCCGUCCUGAAGCUGCAGCCCUGCGCCUGCAACGAAACCAACGCGUCUUGUAAGGUCUGCUGCCGGAGCAGCGGCGGCGUCUGCGCCCCCUACCAGAACCAAACGGGCAACUUCCUGUUCCUGCGUAAAGGCAAACCCUGCACCGUGGGCUUCUGCGACGGCGCGGGGAAGUGCAUGAAGCAGGUCCAGGACGUGGUGGAGCGUCUGUGGGACUUCAUCGACAAACUGGACAUCAACACGUUCGGGAAGUUCCUGGCUGACAACAUCGUGGGCUCGGUGGUGGCCUUCUCGCUCCUGUUCUGGAUCCCCUUCAGCAUCCUGGUCCACUGUGUGGACAAAAGGCUCGAUCAGCGAUACGAACAGACCACCAAGUCCUUGUUCUUCCCCAGCAAUGCCGAGUUCCUGAGCAGCCUGGAGUCUGCGUCUGUUCGGAUCUUCAAACCUCCAACUUUCCCCGCCCCCGCCGUCACCUCGGCCGGGCCGCCUUUCCAGCCGCCUGGUCCCCAACAGACCAGUUCCCCUCCGGUCUCAGACCCCGGCCCCGUCCACCCCCCUCUGGACAGCCCCCGCAUGGCCACCAUCCAGGAGGACUCCAGCUUCGAAUCUCACCUGGACCAGGAGGCCCUGGAGGAGGCGUUCGGCCGGCCGGCGGGGUCGACUCAGCGCUCCUUCGAGGACCUGACGGAGAACAGCGUGACGAGUCGCAGGGGGAAGGCGACGCUGGUCAGACUGCAGAGACAACAUCAGAUCGACACCAAGGAGACGCAGUGCUGAGGGGACCCACCUGGCUGCACCUGCAGAGACCAGGUACCAGGUGGAGUCUCCAGAGAGGAGGCUUUGUUUUUAACCAGCUCUGAACUGGACUCGUGUUGAUCCACCUGAUGAAGCGUCACGGUGAGACCAGGUUCAGGUAUGUGAAAGAGUCUGAUCCUCUGCUGUGUCUCAAUUUGCACACUUCCAUACUCACACUAUUACUAGUACGCUGAGACGUACGGCCGCAUGCAGUGCACUGCGAGUACCUGGAUGGUGAACUCAUGACGGCCAAAAAGUUGAGUGCGGACCGGUGGACACUUCUCACCGACCGCCAUUUUAGCUACGUAGCGCAAGGGGCGGGACCAACAACACGGGAGAAGCGGGAAGCAGCAGAGGGAGAGGCCAACAACAGAACGGCUUUUACGUUCACUAUUUCAUCACUAAAUCCACUUCUGACAAGUUUUGAGGCGAGAAAUCAAACGUUUAGAUGUCGAAUAUUGGCAGUUUGACGAAAAGUGAUGGCGGGUUAAAAAUGUGCUUGAAUGUUUUUGGAAUUUGAUGAGCAGGGGAAGCCUGCUGUGACCCGCGGGAGGAGCGUGAGGCCGGCCGCCCGCUCACAGAGCCCUCAGCUCCUGCCGUCACACAGACCGCCGCAGCAACAACGGCAGAGGAAAACACAGCUGGAAGACAGUUUAAAUGUUCGUGCCUCUGUUAUUCUGUCAUUACAUUUACGUUUAAAUUAAAUGAAGAGACAUCUGGCUCUUGAUGUACAGAAAAGUCUUGGCUUGUGAAACUUAAAAAAUAAAUAAACACCAAUAUACCAAAGCAAAUUACUUGUAAGUUUGGACUUGGCAAUAAUCCCGAUUCUGAGCGUUUACUUUGGCCUGGCUGUUAUUUUGGAGCUCUGCAGGCCUCUGUGCUGGAGGGAUUGUGCAAUCUUGCGAUAGUUAUUUCCGGUUAGUGCAAAACAGCAGUGUUUGAUUUGAGACAACUAAGUAAGUAAGUACAUAGUGUCCGCAGUGUACUGCAUGUUAGUAUACUAGAGGAAGUACCCGAAUUGAGACACAGCACUGUUCUCAGAUCUCACCCUGUCCCUCCUCAGCUGCAGGAUCCGUCCUCGCUGUUCUUCUGCAGUUUCUGUUCUUGAAGCUUGAAGUUCAGAUCCUGGUCUCAGACCCCCGUGUGAGACUCUGGUUCUGGUCUCGCUGAUCAGAUGUUUCCUGCUGUUGCUCACUUGUUCUCACUUUCAGUCAAACAUUCAUCAGGUAACUGAAGAAAGUGAGAACAAGUUAUUCACCCGGAUCACACUCACCUGACAGUCCCUCCUCUUUUUGGUCAACGCCACUUAAUACUGUGCUCCUAUUGGUCAUCAGCAAACACUGUGCUCCUAUUGGUCAGGUUGUUAAAUAAUAAAAUUCUGACCUGCUUGUCUUUCUGCCCUGAACCUUGAGCCUAUAAGGUUGUCUUGCACUAUGAAACCAAGCUCCGCUUCAGUUUCGGCCCCGCGUCGAUUUAAGCUCCUGAACGCCACACAGCUGUCUGGAAUAAUUCAAGCCAUUUUUAAAAACUGAUGAUGUUCAGAUGUUACACAGCUGGUGGUGUUUAGAUGAAAUGAUUCCAGUUAAACUUCUGCCUGUUUUUUAGGAUGAAUGUAUUGAAACAAAUAGUUUUGGUAUCAGAAAGUUUCAAACGAUACGCAGCUCUAGUUACAGUGCUGAUUAACAAAUAUCAAACAGCUGGAAAUAUUUAUUGGAUUCAUUUGUUUGUUCUUGUUUAUGUGGUUUUUUUUUUACUUCCCAUUGUCUUUUUUGUCUCCUUUGAAAACUUUCUGUGCUGCAUCGAAACCAAACAUUGAACCUUCAGGUAUUUUACAUUUAUUCAUUUAGCUGACGCUUUUAUCCAAAGCAACAAUUACAGCUGCUGUACAUGUCAGAGGUCACACACCUCUGGAGCAACGAGGGGUUAAGUGUCUUGCUCAGGGACACAUUUGUGUCUCACAGUGGAUUUGAACCCGGGUCUGUCACACCAAAGGCAUGUAUCUUAUCCACUGCCCCAUCACCACUCCACUUUAGAAAUAUUUAAUGCAACGACAAUGAACAUUUAACGAGAAAUGCCAAAAAAAGAUUCGAUGUCUUCAGCUGCUUUCCCUUUAAAUAAUAGUUCAUUUCAUAUGUUUGUGUUUUACCAAAGGGAGAAAAUAACCUGCACUGAAAGCCAGUGUUUUGAAAUGUCUCAACGCUUCGACUCUGAACUAAACAGAAACCAUCUGGUUCAGAUCUGCGCUGCUGUAAACAAUCUGUUUGUGUUUACAGUCUGAAACAAACAGUCACACAGCUGUUACACUGAGUCCUGAUAAGGAAGUUCAUGUCAACGGUUUUUAUUUUUAGGGAUCUGUUUCAAAAUGUUUGUUCAUGUUAAAAAUGAUGAUGAUGUAUUAUCCAGUUUAAGAAAAAAUCUCAUAUAUCUGAAUGGAGUUUGGUUAAAAGCAGUGAGGACGCUCCCGGAUCUGGUUUAAAUUUAGGACAAUAAGGCGGACAUUUGGUUCUUCUGCUUUGUGAAGUUUAGUUUUUCAUUUCCUGUUGUGAAACAUCUUUUAAAAAGUGCCAACACCCCUAAAACAAACAAACCUCUUCAAAUAUCGACCAAAAACAUCCAGUUUUGGUCAAUUGUUUUAGUAAAAAAUUGUUUCCGUUUCAGAGUGUCUCACUGGGAAUUGAACUCCAAACCCUGAUAGUGUUAGUGCCUUGUUCAAAACCUACUGAGUCUACUGAUGUGUAAUAAACAUAAAUUAGUAUUUAAACCUGUGAUGGUGGUAAGUUUGUGUUUAAAUCGUCUUUCUAUGGAAGUCAAUUUCUGCCAAAUACAGUCCAUUUUAAUUGUACUAAUGAUUGGUGCAUUAAUUGAUUAGUAGAUCGACAGAUAAUUAACUAUUUUCUAAUUGAUUAAUUAUUUAAGUCAUUUUUCAAACAAAAAACAAACCAAACUUCAGUUAAAAACUGAGGUAUUUAAAGAAAUUAACUUGUUUCACUGGGAACACUCAGGUUUGCUUAUUUUAAUCAAACCUGAAGGUCAGUUGUUGUUUUUUUUUUUAUAUAAAGCCAGACUGUUCUUCAUAUCUUCAUAUUUUUUCACCGACAGUUGGAACGACGCGUGCCUUCUCUUCCUCUGUGGUAUUCAAAUGCACAACAACAGUCAGUAUUUUAAUCUUGUGUAUUAAAGAAUCCUGUUCGCUGUGAGGUUACGUGCAGUUGAUCAAUUGUUUAACAUGUUGUGAGUAUUAAUUAGUUUAAAGGUGUUUAUGUGUUGGUUUUAUGUUGUUAAUGUUGAGGUGUUUACUUGUUUCAAAAUAAAAUGUUUUACUGAUUGUU